GUCAUUCCGUCUUGAACCCGUGAUGGCUGUUGUUGGACAACCAAACGCUCCUGCAGAAAUCAUGACGUCUCCGGUGUCGGGUAACUGUCCGCCCGGUUUGGAGUACUUAACACAGGUCGAUCAGCUUCUAGUGCAUCAGUCUGUGGAGAUUUUGGAGGCAAUAACGGGCUUCGAGACUGCAAAUAAAUACGUUGUGAAGAACUCGAUGGGACAGCAAGUCUAUUUUGCCGCUGAAGACAGCAACUGUUUAGUUCGACAGUGUUGUGGAUCUGGUCGGCCAUUUGCCAUGAAUAUUGUGGAUAACACAAAACGUGAAGUCAUACAUCUUGAGCGUCCUUUACGUUGCAGCUCCUGCUACUUUCCUUGCUGUUUGCAAAAGCUGGAAGUGCAAGCUCCACCGGGACAAGUUGUGGGAUAUGUGAACCAAACCUGGAGUAUUUGCUUUCCACGAUUUGAUAUUUGUGAUGCUAAUGGCAUCACAAUGUUGAAGAUCGCUGGUCCUUUUUGCACUUGCAGUUGCUUUGGAGACGUGGAGUUCCAGGUCCUUUCUGCUAAUGGACAAACUGAAGUUGGUAAGAUCUCGAAGCAGUGGAGUGGAUUACUCAAGGAAGCAUUUACGGAUGCUGACAACUUUGGAAUCACAUUUCCAAUGGAUUUGGAUCCGAAGAUAAAGGCGGUCAUGCUGGGAGCUUGUUUCCUUAUUGAUUUCAUGUACUUUGAGGAGACACCAAAUCAUGAUGACCAUCACUAGUCUCUUGUAGGUCAUCUAGAACGUGAUCCUCCCUGUUACUCACUACAUAUACUAUAAGUGGGCUGUUGCCCCUCACAGAAUGUCUGUGACUGUUGAAUGGUUACGGUAAUUGUUGUUGGUGAGAUGGACGUGCUGUGAUUGGGAGGGUGUACUAGACUAAGCUCGAGGUUGAUAUUUAUGACUAUACUAAACGUUUAUAGCUAAAAUUCAA